CAAUGUUAGGCUUCAUUAACUUUUGCUCAACGAUUGGGACAUUUGCACUCAGUUGGAACACUGGAAGACCAAUCGUCAGCUGGGCAUAUUAAAUGCAUAGAGAAGCGACUUUUUCAAACAUUUUCAGGGUGAAGUUGUUCCUUUAUUUUUGUUUGACCUUUUUGUUUUUCCUCUUUUUGGUUGGGCGCAAUCAUUUAACUUGCUUCGGAUUUUUCGAUUACUGGCUCGGAUUUCUCGUUUCUUUUGUUUAUUCUGUCAAAUUGCUUUGUUUAUAAUUUCUAGAGCAGUACUAUGUAUUUUGUUUUCACCUCAAGUGUUUAUUGCAAGUAAAAAGUGCCACUUGCACUUGGAAACAGCUGUUGCAGUAACGUAAAUGCAUCGGAAUAUCGGAAAAGAAAGGGGAAGGAAUGAACCUCGGGGCGUUGAACUUAUGACGAUGCUUGAUUCAAGGAAUUUGAUCAGACAUUCCAUUGUCAACCAGCGUGAAGAAGAGCUAUCGUUGGGUCCUUGCAACACCAUGGGACUAGCUCUUGGCACCUCGGCACCCUGGGAUUUUGGCACCUGCCGCUCUGCCAGAUGCCUGGGAUUAGGUCUCGGUCACGUUGAUGAUGACCCUCCCAUUGUGCGGUGCACUUUUCGCAGUGGUUGUUGUCAGCAAGUGGGCCCGCUGGAUGAUUGAUGGACUCCACUGGGGCAUGGGCAUUCCAGCUGGCGGGCUGCGGGCACGCAUCAUAAUCCUCAGAAUUCACCUGCCCACUGCCAUCCCCAUUGAAUAUCAUGAUGAUGGUGCAGAGGUGUUGCCCACUUGCACUUAAUUGCAUGUUUGGUCAGGCGAAUCAACGCCCAGCCAGAAAACCGCCAAAGUCAAAGCCGAAAAACGCCUCUGGAAUGCGCAGCCAACCAUUGCCCUCUUCGGACAACUCCCCGCUCACCCACACUGAGAGAAAUAUUGUGAGUAUGGUGAUGGUGGCAAAUCAAGAAAAAUAAAAUUAUGAAAGACUAUCUUGUAACAUUAUUAGUUCCAAUUUUAACAAACAACUAGUGACAAAAACAGUUCAAUUU